UGCAACCACACUAUUUAAUUUCAGUUGGCUGAUCAACUUGGUCAAAUCUUAUAGCCUAGAUCAGACAGCAGGAAUUGAAGAGAGGAGUCACUUGCCCACAUGAUGCCGCCAUUUGAGAAACCACAGCACCCCAAGUCCUUCAAGCAGAGAAAAAGCUUUGCCACGAGAAAACAGGAGGUCGCGGGGAUCCGAACGAAGUUUCCAACUAAAAUUCCUGUUAUAAUUGAAAGGUAUCAACGGGAGAAGUACUUGCCGCCUCUUGAUAAAACGAAAUUCUUGGUCCCCCAAGAACUUUCCAUGACUCAGUUUGUCACCAUAAUAAGAAAUCGAAUGUCGCUGAUGCAGAGUCAAGCGUUCUACCUGCUCAUCAAUAAUAGUGGCCUGGCCAGCAUGUCUCUUACCAUGGCGCAAGUCUACAAGGACCACAAAGAUGACGAUGGAUUUCUCUACAUGACAUAUGCUUCUCAAGAAAUGUUUGGGAAUUGCGUUGAAAUCCAUUAAGAGUUGGUGCAAAUUGCUGGAAAU